AUGUUGGACUUAUUCACAGUGCUUACAACAGGUGGCAUAGUCCUAUGGUCAAAAGCCUGGGCGGGAGACACAAAGUCAAAUCCAAUAAACAGUCUAAUCCAACAUGCACUCCUAGACCAAAAGGUCGCGGGUAACUCGUAUCUAUACAAUGCGUAUAAUAUGAAAUGGAGUAUUGCUAAUGAACUGGGCGUCAUCUUUGUGGUCGCAUAUCAGAAAAUCCUACAUCUAACAUACAUUGACGAACUACUGGAACGUGUGAAACGGGCGUUCAUAUCGUCCUACACGGAUGCAAUUUGUGAUGUCGAUUCCUUGCACCAGUUUGAUUUCGAUGACAAGUUUGAUGCUAUAUUGGAGGAUCUGGAGGCUCGUGAUAGAGAUGAAAAGAAGAGCAAAGGCCCACGAAAAUUCGAAGACAGCAAGAAAUAUCAGACUACAUUGGAAGGGUCCAAGAUUAAACCAGGUUAUCAGAAAGAGCCAGAACCAGUCAUCGCAUCAGAUCUUUCAGAUUCAGCUCCAGAUUCACCUGAUGCUGAUCAAAUUGCCAGGAACAUAGCUAAAUUACGAGCUAAAGGUAUUGGGAGGAAAUCAACAAGUACAAGUCCUAGCAAGACUAGUACGAAUGUUUCAAAGAGUCCGAGUGCUGAAAGUGGAGAGAGAAAGAAGAAGCAAAUGCGUGUAUGGGCAGAGAACGGAACUGCAAUGUCCGUAGACCCUUCUCAGGUAUUGGAUUACUCGGAAUCUACGAAUGGUGAUAGUCAUGAGAAUGGGUCUGAAGCUGCAGAGUCGCUGGUUGAUCGAAACGCCAUGGGCACAUACUCAUCAGAAGGACUAUACGAAGCAGCUGAAAUGGACAACAAAUACGACGAUGACGACGACGAUGAAGAAGAUAACGAAAGCAAGGCCCCCAUAACGAAACCAACCGCAAAAUCAUCAUCAAUCUUCUCCUCAACCUCCCUCUUCUCAGUCCUGUCAUCCCUAACAGGUCCACGAGUCCUAAAAGAAGAGGACCUGACAUCCGUCAUGGCCAAAAUGAAGGAACAUCUCAUAAAUAAGAAUGUGGCUGCUGACAUAGCUACCGUGCUAUGUACUUCAGUGUCAAAGACUAUGGUAGGGCAGAAAUUGGGGACGUUUAGUGGGGUGCAGAAUGCUGUAAAACUGGCCAUGGAAGUAUCGCUGAGAAAGAUAUUGACGCCACGGACUAGCACUGAUGUGUUGAGGGAUGUCUUUGCGGCGAAGAGUGAGGGACGGCCGUAUUCGUUUGUGUUUGUUGGAGUUAAUGGUGUCGGGAAGAGUACGAAUCUAUCCAAAGUGUGUUUCUGGCUCCUCCAAAACAAACUCCGUGUCCUGAUUGCUGCAUGUGAUACCUUCCGAUCUGGAGCAGUAGAGCAAUUACGAGUACACGCUCGUAAUUUGCAAGCUCUGGAAAAGGGAUCUACUGUUGAAUUGUAUGAACGAGGAUAUGGAAAGGAUUCAGCUGGGAUUGCUAAGGAUGCUAUUUCUUAUGCCAAAGCCAAUCGAUUUGAUGUGGUCUUGGUUGAUACUGCUGGACGUAUGCAAGAUAAUGAGCCUUUGAUGCGAGCUUUGGCGAAGCUGGUAACGACAAACAAUCCAGACAAGAUUGUAUUCGUCGGUGAAGCACUCGUAGGAAACGAAGCCGUCGACCAACUCACCAAAUUCAACCGAGCAUUACGUGAUUACUCUGGCCUGCAAAACCCACGACAAAUUGAUGGGAUAAUAUUGACCAAAUUUGAUACUAUUGAUGACAAGGUCGGAGCAGCACUAUCAAUGACCUACGUUACAGGACAGCCCAUCUUGUUUGUUGGAACCGGGCAAACGUAUACGGAUUUGAAGAGGAUGAAUAUGAAGAGUAUUGUUGAUAUGUUGUUGUCGAAUUUAAGUUAA